UUAUUAUGAGGAAUAUUUCCAAGGCAGUGGUACUUUUGUUAUCAAUAAUAGUGUUGUUAUCUACUACAACAUACUCACUUUAUCUAAAGCCUGAAAAUCAUAUCAAGUCGGCUACAUUUGUGUCUGAAAAGUUUGAAGUAGGACCGGGACAAAUUGCAGCAAAAACAUUUUUGGAUAUUGAGUUUCCAAAAGGUCAUGUUGGAGUAAAGAGUUUUGACGUUGAACUAGUUGAUGAAGAGGGAAAUUCUGUACCUUUGUAUGAAACUUACUUUCAUCAUUGGUUUGCUAUAAAAUACUUUGAAAAUAUUACAUUAUCACGCAACAUUGAACAAUAUCAUGAUCUUCGCAAUGGAGUUGUUUUCCAGAGAAAUGAUGGUUUAUGCCAAGGAUAUAUGCUUCCACAUUUUUGGGGUUUAGGAGCUGAAUCGCGUGGAACAUCCUCAAAUCUUCCGGAUCCAUUUGCAGUAGAAUUAGGUAACCCUAUGAAAAUUCCAAAUGGAUUUACAGAAAAAUGGUUGUUUAACAUAUUGGCUAUUGAUACACGCGGUGCAUACGAUAGAAAAGGUUGCACAGAAUGUAGAUGUAAUCUUUUUAAUUUACCAAAGGAAUUUUACAAUGUCACAAAGGGCAUUGAUGGGCAACCAUUGUCCCUAAGUUAUAAAGGAGGACUACUUUGUUGUCAAGAUAACUUUCAAUGCAAAUUAAGAAAGGGUUUCGAUGGGCCAAGGAGAAAGCUUUCCCUAAGAUACAAAAUAAGGUGGGUUGAUUGGGAUGAACACCAAUUUCCACUUAAGUUUUAUAUACUUGAUUCAACUGAUCGGGUGAAAUCAAACGGUUCUACAACAAUUCAUGAUUGUCAGGUGGAAUAUACUAUUCCAAGAAUACAUGAUAGUGACUCACCAAAUGUGAAAAGAGCAAACAUUCCAAUGGAAAAUGGUGGCUAUCUUAUCUAUGGCACUGCUCAUAUGCAUACUGGUGUUGUAAAUGCAACUUUAUAUGGACAGGACGGAAGAGUUUUAUGUACUUCAACACCAAAAUAUGGAAGAGGAAAAGAAGCUGGAAAUGAAAAAGGUUACCUAGUUGGAAUGUCUGUUUGUUAUCCAAAAGUAGGUUCUAUCAAGAUUGAAGAUGGUGAAAUUUUGACUCUAGAAUCCAGAUAUGAAAACAAAUUUCGUACAGGAGCCAUGGGACAUUUCUACAUUUAUUUGGCAGAACAACUUCCAAACAAAGAUAUUAAAGAUUAA